CAGAAAGAAGAUUUUGUGAUAUUUUGGAAGAAUUAGAGGUCUGAUCUGGAUCAGAGGAGAAGCAGCAGGAUGGACAGUGGAGCUAACAGCGACGUGUUCUUUCUGUCUGAUGAGAAAUUUGACUUCGACGUCUCUCUGUCACCGGCCAGUUCUACAGGUGAUGAUGACCACGAGGACGAGGUGUUCCUGGGCCCGGUUGGUCAUAAGGAGAGGUGCAUUUCCAGAAGCAUAGUUUCACGGAUUGAAAGCAGUGGCGUUGGUACAAGUUGGAGUCCACUAUCUGGGGAUCAGCUGGAUGCCAUUUGUCAAGAAGCUCGCCAAUUGGCUGAUCAGUUCCAGAGCACUGAGCCCAGCCAGACUCAGAAUGACAAUAUAACUGCUGAAUCAAAGGCCAAUACAGAGACUGACACGAAUGAGUUUGUUCAGGACGCUGAAGCAAAACUGUGCAUGCUCAGUAAGCCUAGCAGCACACUUAGCCCCAUCAAACGAGAGACUUUCUGUGUCCAGGACAGCCCACUAAAGGAGCUACCACCUGCUGUUCAGCGCCGCCUGCUCAGGGGACGCAGCUCCACUGCUGGAGGAGGAUUGUCCACCCUCCCCACCCAGCACACUACUGCACCUACACACACUGCAGCCUCAAAUCGCUGCUCAGGCACAGUUGGCAGGGGUAAGGCUCAGCCCAGGACAUCGCUGCGAGGGAAAGCUGGGCUCGGUGUCGGUGUGGUACUGCCAAGCCGACCUGCUGCCCCAACCAAUUCGUCUUCAACCACCAAAAGCCAGCCAGAGAAAUCCAGACUCCAGCCACCAAGCAAAGUGUCUGGGAGUCGGAGGCCGAGCCCAGGCUCCAGCAGGACAGGAUCAUAUGAGGAUCUACUCUCUGAUUCAGCCAGCGUGGCUUUGGACGUCAGCGACUCGUCCCUUAACUCAAGCCUGCAGCGCAAACGCUCAUUGGCUCCACCCACCAAGAUUGUUGUGAAGACCCGGUCUGCUAUGAAGGCUCCCACCCCUGAGAGCAGGAGGGUGACAAACAGGAGGAACACGUCUUCAUCCUCAUCAUCAGUGUCCAGCUUCAACUCCAGCCUAUCCCAGUCUCCUGCUAAAAGGAAACUCAAUUCUUCUCUGGACCGGAGUUUGACUACCUGCAUUAGUCCCUUGCCCACUAGUGUCAGCAAGCCAGCCAAUCAGAGCAGACCUCGCCGCUCCAUGGUCAGCAGGCCUCCAGAUCCCCCAUCCUCUGCCACUGGCCGGCAAUCUCUGUCCAUUCAUAACCGAAAGCUGUCAGAACCAGGAUUUCCUAAAACAGCCAGGGCCACACCCCUGAAGCGAACAGAGGCGUCGCCCAUCUACGCCACGUCCGCCAAGAGAGCUGUGGAGAGGACGGCUUCCAUCCCUGCCCUCCCAGCUUCAGGAUCCACCUUAUCCCAACUGCAGCGUGGACUGAAGACUAAACCUCAGACGCUACCUGCUCCAACACCCAGCGGAGGAGUCAGAGGUGUUUCGUCUCCAGAUGUGUCAAAAAUGUUGAAGCCGAAGAGACUGGUGUCAACAAAGAGCGUGGACAGUCUUCCUCAGAAGCCCUGCAUCAGUGCUCUGACGCCCUCUACUGGUACCAGGACUCUGCAGGUGAAAGCUCGACGUCCGUCUGCCCUCCCCACUCCACUGAGAAGUAGGUUGUCAGCUCUCCCUGUGGCCACACCCACCAGCCAGCUCCAGCCCACCCAUCCACUGCCCGCCUCCCACAGCAGCCCCACCCCCUGCAGCAUGUCCCCUCCUGUUACUGAAGAGGCCGAGUCUGUUGAAGUCACAGUCAUUCAACCCUUCAGUCUGGAGGAGGAGGAGCCUAUAGCCGCCCCACCCACAACCUCCUCACCACCCAACCAGACAGAGAACACAGCACCUGAAGCAUUGAGUCAGAGCCAGUCAGAGAUGAGAACACAAACCGAACUGGAGGCAAAGGUGGAGAAUAACACCAAGACACAAGAGAUUCUCCUCCUGGACCUUCCAGCUCCAGCUCUGCAGCCUCAAGAAAAACUGCUCAUUGAUCUGACCAAUACCCCCGAUCUGAUCCGCACCAGUAAGACCUGCUCCACAGAGUUGAUCGAUCUGAGCUCUCCUCUCAUCAAAUGGAGUCCAGAAAACAAGAAGAACAACGAUGCUCCACUCAUCAACCUGUCAUUCUGAUCCACGUCCUUGGAAGAACAGAACCAAGAACUACUGUACAACUGGACAUAGACCAGAAACUGUAUCAUCUCUGCAGUAAUUUAGACUCUAAUCAACUUGAAUAUUGAGUGGAAUGAAGCUGAGUUUGUUUUUGUUUGUUUGUUUUGUUUUGGGUUUUUUUGUGCUGAUUUUAUUUUAUAAGUGACUGAGUAAAUGUUGUUUGUGUCUGUGUGGAUGAGCUGCAGAGAAACAUGAGUACCUAAUAAAGUUUAAAUCAGCUAAAACA